AUGAGCCGCGGCCGCAACUUCUUCCGCGCCAUGGUCCGCGCCCCGCCGACCGGAAGCCGCUCCACCGCCGCCGCCGGAAGCGGCCGGUGUCCCGCGCAAAGGCGUCCGGGCUCGGCCGGAAGCCAGUUGGAGGCCGGGCCGGCCAUGUCGCGGACGGAUGCGGGGAGGGCGGGGAGCUCGCGCCGGGGCGGGUGUCUGCGGCGUCCCCCGACAUGGGAGGUCUCGGACUCGGACGCCGAGGACCCCGCGGGCGCGGAGGAGGGUGCGAGGGUGCCCGGCCCGGCGGAGGGGCGCAGGGUAGCGGCCAAGGCGCUGCGGCCCGAGCAGGCCCUGCGGCGCGUGGCGGUGCGCGUGGACCCAGCCGUUCUGGAAGAUGCUGGUGCUCUCAUCCUGCUGGAGGCCCUGAGCACUCUGGGCUGUGAGUACCAAGUGGAAACCCAGCGCCUGGCCCGGAGCCUCAGGUGGACCAGAGCAAAGCCGGAUUCUUGCCCCCGCACCGUGCCUUCUGAGGUGUGGGACGCAGGUGAACAGGAUUUCCUGCUGCUCCUGGAGCCCGAGGAGUUUCUGCAGGGCGUCAACCAGCUGACCCAGACCUGUGGCCCACCCUGCUCGGUACCGUGGAUCUCUCCUGAGGGCUCCGCCAGCCCCCAUGUAGCUGUCAUUGGGCUGGAUGCCUACCUGUGGUCUCACCAGCCCAGCAACAUCCACGAGACGAGGCAGCUGGAGACUGCAGCAGUGGCCCGUACGGCAGUGGCACUCAGCUGGCCCAGGGUGGAGGAGGCCCUGGUGCUCCUGCAGCUCUGGGCACACCUGGAUGUGCUGCUGGUGGCCUCCUGGCAGGAGCUGAGUCGGCACGUGUGCGCGUUCACCAAGGCCUUUGCGCAGCGCCCCCUCAAGCAGUACCGGGAGUCCCGUGCCUUUUCCUUCUGUGUGGCUGGACGCUGGGCAGGGGGUGAACGAGUGGCAAGAGAUGGCACAGGGCUUCGGGGGGUCUGGUGGCGGCAGAUCAGGCAGUUCAACCGGGUCAGCCCCGCCGUGGCCGAUGCUGUUGUCACUGCCUUCCCCUCCCCCCGCCUUCUGCAGCAGGCCUACAGGACCUGCAACACAGAGCAGGAGCGCAUGGCCCUCCUGGCUGACCUCCCCGUGAAGACGGGCGAUGGUGCGCGGCCCCGCAGGGUGGGCCCUGACCUUGCCCGCCGCAUCUGCCUCUUCUUGACCACGACCAGUCCUGAGCUCCUGCUGGACCUGGGCUCCUGACCACGUCCGCAGGACCAGAAGGGGGUACGCUGCCUGCCCUGCCUAGUAACUGGAAACUACCACAGGCUGAGGGAAGGGAACAGCGCUGCAUGUGGGGGAUGGGAGGGUGGAAUGCUCAGUCAGGUCUGGCCCCCUGGCCCCGAGGGGGUGGUGCCGGGAGGAGCAGGAGAUGACGCUCUUGCCAGGAGCUGCCACGCUGGCUGGAGAGGGUGGCGGUGAGGUUCCCCUGCCCUGGGUCCUGUCCACGGGAGCUACGGGCCUGGUGCCCCAGCGGAAUGGUCAGGAAGGGGAAGAAGCGGUAAGAUGGGGUCUUGCGGGAGGAAAGACAGCCAGGCUGUCUCCUGGAAAGCACCGUAAUGCAGCUGGACCUAAUAAGGAAAGAGCCCCAGGCCUUGUCCCAGCACCACUGCGAGGCGUUGCCCAAACGCCAAGUUUAUUAGGGUCAUUUCAGCCUGGGACGGGAGAAACAGCAGCUGACGACAUGCAAAAGGCAAGUUAAGAAAGAGCCCCGGCUGGCGGCAGCCGCGGUGCCACCUCUGACGCGUGUCCUCCGCAGCCCACAACAGCCGCCCGGGCCCGCGGUCAGUCCCAAAGAGCCAGGACGGCCGCCCCCACACCCAACGCAGGAAGCAGGUGCCCUUGGACGGUUCUGCUUUCAGGAGCGCAGGGCCUGUCCCAGCCUCGGGUGGCAGAGGGACGGACCUCAGCUCCGUCCCGUCUGCUGCCCUGGAGCGUGGCCCAAAAGGGAGGGACGGAGAACGCGCCACCUCGGCCCGGAAAAGCAGUUUUCGUUGGGAAACAAGUUAGGUCCGUCGGCAGCGCUUCCUCUGGCAGCGCCGGGUCUCCGGGCCGCCGGGAUCGGCCGUGGCCUUGGGCGAGGGCGCGGGGGGCUUGUGGCGGCCACAGCUCAUGCUCAGGACCCAGCCCAGCUUGUGGCGCAGCACCUGCUUCAGGCCGGGCGGCAGGGGCAGACCCUCCAGCGUGUCCCCGGAGUCGGGCCGCAGCUGGCGCAGGCGGUAGCAGCACAGGAACUGCAGGGACGUGACGCUGGCGCACGAGCGGAUCACCUUCAUGCUGCUCUUGGCCGCCGUGGAGCACACCAUCGGGUAGAACUUCUUGUUCUGCAGCUUGGUGGCCGCCACGCCUGCGGGAGCAGGGAGCAUAGCCUGAGCUCUGGCCCCUGCGGGGGCUGCGUGUCCCCCGACGGCAUCCGAGGACACGGACAUCCCUGACGACUCUCGCGCCGGGGAUCCCGGCGCCUCAGCUUCUGUGAGGACAGCCCCCUGGGGAGCCUGGGGUGCUUGGCCUGGGGCUCCAGCUGCCGGCCCCGGGGGCCCGGGCCCAGCCGCCCUCACCUAUGCACUUCCUGUUCUUGAAGAAGGUCAGCGUGCCGUGCCAGGUGUCCAGGUGCACACCAAUGAUGGAGCCCUGGCCGAAUCUCGACGAGAAGCUCAUCUUGUCGCCCUUGUGGUGGAGGAGCCCUGAGGGGGGGCGGGGGAGGGGGGCGGCGGAGGGGUGAGCCAUGCCGCCCCGGCCUCCCGCCCGCCCCACCGGCCGCAGUGCCCCGCGCACCCGUAUAGGAGAGGCCCCAGCUGUCCUCGUCCCUGCCGAGCAGGCUGCAGAAUGUGUGGUGAUACUUGUCCAGAUCCACGUCUGAUGUCCCGAUGCCCACCAUCUGGGGAGAGCGGGGCCGGCACAGGGGGUCAAGGGCCUGCCGAGGCCCGCCAGCUGGGGAGGUGGGGGGCGGGCCUGGGCCCUGGAGGCACUCCUGCCCCCCGCCCCCCGGCUGCUUACCAUGUCGGUGCCAUAGACGGGAGAGGUCAUCUUGAUCUCCCAGAAAUGCUGGCCCUCCCCCAGCUCCUUGGUGCCCCGGAUGGCCGCCGUGCCGCAGCUGUACUCCGUGUGGAAGUUGACCUUGCGGUUGUCACAGCUCAGCAGGGUGGCCGAAGACUUAUUCAGGUCAUCCCACACCCAGUCAAAAUCUGCGAAGGGGGAGGCCAGAGGCCAGGGCUGGAGGGCAGGCUGGCCCCAGGCUCCUCCCCGCCCCCCCCCCCCCCCCCAGGGGCCCCCAGGCACUCACGCUCAUCUUCCUCGCCACAGCGACAGUCCUUGCCCCGGUGUGCCGCGUGCAGGCUGUUGCAGAAGGAGGCCUCGCUCGGACUGUCACAGUCACAGAAGGACUCCCCGGUCACGGGCACGGCGCUGGGGAUGGGUGGCGGCAGGGCUGAGGACUCGGGGUCCGAGUCAGAGUCACUGUGCUGGGAGGGAAAGACUGGUUGCUCGGGUGUGGGGCACUGCCGCCCACCAUCCCUAGGCCCGCGGGUCAGCCGCUCUAAUGGCCCAGGAAGGGACCCGGGGAUUUGGCCCCGGAGGGCUUCCCGGGUCUCCCACACACGCACUGCCCACCCUUGCCAGUGCCACCCACGGUGACCUUGGACAGCUCCAGCAUCCUGGCAGUGGCUUCAAGGGCUCCACCCCGUUUCCACACAGCCAGGGGCACUGGGCCUCCAGCUGACGUUGAGCCACCCGGGGCCGCCUGCCUGCUCCACCGCUCCUCGUUCUCUAGGCAGCUUCCAGGCUGAGGAGACGCCGCAGCCCCACCCGAGGGCAGCCGGAAGCAAGGGAGCCCCAGGGCGAGGGCCAUGCCAACCCCACGAAGGCCGUGCCCUCGGGCAACAGCCGGACUCCAGCAGGUGCCCCUCGCCGUGGCAGUGCCCGUGCACCCUAUCCACGUGGUGGGGCACCCUGGAGCCCUGUGGCCCCAUGCCACUUCUACAGUAGGAAAACACUGAGUGGAGACUUGGUCUUCUGCCUGAGGGGCCCAGUCGUCAGGGCACGUGUUCCGAGUCUUGAAGGCCUGAUGGUGACCCAGAGCCAGAUCCUUCUUGCAGGCCAGUUAGGGACGCUUUCUGUGCACAGGAGGUGUUCCUGUUCUAAAGACACAGGCCUUUCUGGACACCUGCCUUAGCUGUGGACUCCAGGCCAACCAGCAAGGGGCUGGGGACCUGGUCCGGCCCCACCCUCCAACUCCCUUUCCUGGCCUCUGGGCCCUCCACUCGCUCCCUGAAAUGCCCUCCGCGCAGCAGGCCGGCAGCCCCUGCUCAGACCCGGGCUGGGCCUGCCACACCUCAGCAAGCCACUGCUCUGAGCGAAGGCCCACAGCCUCCAUCGGAGCCCACCAGGCAGCCUCCCAACCCCCCACAGGCCUGUCCACUUUCUCCCACAGGGUGAGGGUGGUCCGCCUUUAGACCGCAGGUUCUGUGUGUCACUUCAGAGAGGCUCUUCCAGCCCCUCCAUCCCCUGCUGUGCUCCCCGUCCCGCAGAUCUCUCUCCUCCCUUCUCCCACCGGAGUGGAAGCCCCUCGGGAGAACCCGGUCCUUGUUUCUUUUCUGUUACAGUUGGGGCCACGGGGUUGUCACCCAGAAGCCGUGUGGCAGAGACCAAGUGAAGACAAUGGGAAAUUUCAGUUACAGACCGAUGCCAAAGGGAUACAGGAAGGAGACCCCAAGCACACAACUACCAUGGAAUGCUGAUCCCCAAAAGCCAAGGCAGACUGGCUCUACUGGCCAGGGGUGGACCCUAGCCCCCUUCCCACUCGGUCAGCAGCCAGGGUCACAGACCAGAAUAGAACGAGGAAGGGAGAGGCGUGUUCAUCCUUCAGAGGUUCUCAGGGUGACCGGCCCGCCCACACAAUCCAGUACUCCAGGCCCAGCAGGUGACAGAUGAGCAGCAAAUAUGUGUCAGAUGCUGUGACCCGGCCCCUGAACACCUCCCGCAUCUCCCAGUGAUGAGCUGGUAAAGGCAGGGACUGGCAGAACAGACUGCUCUGGGUCACGUGGUCCAGGGGAGCCAGAGGCAGGACAGGAAUGCAGGCCUCUGGCCUCUUGCUGGCUGGGGCAGGGAGGCCCUAGGAAGGGGCUGCCGCCCCAACUCAGAACUGCAGCCUCCAGGUCUGGAGGUUCCGUGGGGCUCGGCCACACUCACUCUAGAAGAGAUGCAACCUCUUCCAGAACACCUGGCUGCGCAGGGGCAAAAGGGUGGGUGGCUGUGACAUGGCAGACGUGAGUCGCCCAAGGAUCAUCCCUGCAGGCAGCCAGAGGGGACUCAGGGCAAAACCAAACCCCUGCCCGGGUCGAGGAGACUCAGGAAGCCCUCCACGGUGCCCACCCAGCCAAUAGGCACAAUGGCCAAGCAGCCCUGCCGCUCCAUCCUGGCCCGGCUGCGGCUGGUGCGGUGAGACUCGGGUGCAUCAGGCACCCUGCACCCCAGUCAAGCCACUCUGUGGACAGCUCCUGGCUCCUGGCCUUCCCAGAGCUCUGGAGUUGCCAACGGAGGAAAGGUGCUGCAACUCUGGCCUCCAAGAAUCGGAAGUCUUCCUACACACACGUGUGCAUAUGCAUAAACGUCAAAUGCACAUCUGUCCAGGCAAGAGCACACAUGUUCGGUUAACAAUAGCUACCUUUGGAGAACGGUCAGGUGAGUGGAACAGAGAAGCUUUUGUUGAAUAAACUGACAGAAAAUGGAAAGCACAGAGAAGGAUACAGCACCUGCCCUGGGUCCUGUCACCCCAGGACCGGUGGGUUCUCAACCGAGAUAAACUGCCCUCGGGCGCAUCUUCAUCUUUCAGUCUGGGCUCAGGCAGUGCCCGUCCUGGGCGUCUCAACCCUUCGGUCCAGCCAUGUCCACCUCCCCCGCUAGGACCUACCUGCCCAUCUGAGUCGUAGCCCCAGUUAGCGCUCCCCGCCAGAGCCACGGCCCGGGCAUCCGCAUCUCGGCGGGCUGCACUCAGGACGAAAUGCCAAGCUGUGCUGCUGCGAGGACGCCUGGCCAUGGUGGACAGGAUCUGGAAGAAAACCCAGGUUCUGAGCCAAGAAGAUCUGUGGCACCAACUCCCACGCUCCGUCCUCAGCCAGCGGUGCCAGGCCCAUCUCAAGGUGGCCGCUCUUAGGAGCCGCAUGUGUGCCCAGCCAGGGCUCUGGAACUCUUCCUGACCUCACACCUCCCUCCAGCGUGCAAGCACCUUGAUAAAAGCCAGACAGAGAGCAUAGAACACCAUCCAGACACCCAUGACUCCGGAGUGUGGAUUUCAGCCCCUCUCUGAGCUCAGCCUACUGAGCCCAGCUGUCCUGCCUGCGUGUCCCUCAGGCAUCUCAAACCUUGUCUGGCUCCUCUGUUGCCCAGUUUGACAAAUGGCAUCUCCAACCGCCCAGUUCCUCAUGCCAGACCCACCGCAGUCAUCCUGAACACCCCUUUCCUUCCUUGGGCGGUAGCCUAACAGCGUCACAGCACCUCCAAGGCGUGGCCUGAACACCUCUCCAUCCCUGCGGUCGCCCGACUUCCCAACCACAGCUCACCUUCCUUCUGGCUCCUCCCACUCCACUCAUUACAACCAAGGUUGUGUUCGGAAACACAAAUCUUAAAAAUUAAACAACCCUUAAAAAGCCCUGAAACCCCUCCAGCCUUGCAUCAUUAACAGAGAAUGCAAAUUUCUGCAACACCUUCAAGUUCGCCUGUGUUUCCCCAAGCCGCAAGGGCUCCGUUGCAGUUGCUAGCCCUGCCCUGCCCUUUACCCGGAAUGCCCUCCCCUCCCGUGCUGGGCUCGCAGGUUCCUUGCCGGCUUCUGUAACCGUCCCGGCGGUCCCCUGCACCGAGAGCUUCCGGAGCCCAGGCGCCCCCGCCCGCUCGGCGCAGGUGGCGGCCCCGCCGCAGCGCACAGCAGGCGACGCGCUCCCGACCCGGUCCCCGCGGGUGUCCGCUGCCGCGCGGUGGCGGGAAUUACGACGGGGACGCUUGGCACCGCCGCCCGCACGAACAAAGGCGCACCGGGGCCUCCCGCCGCCAGCGGAACCGCCAGGCCAGCGGGCGCGGGUGCCGCCGGCCGCCGCUCACCUGUCGCCGCCGCCGCGUUCCGCCGGGCGGCCGUGACCUACUUUCAGCUCCCGAACGAGACGUAAACAAUCCCCGCCCCGCAGCCCGCCCCCCGCGCCGCAUUGGCCCUGCUGCCGCGGCCGGGUGUUGGCGGGCGCUGGCGGCCCGGAGCAGGGGGCGGGCCGCGCGGCACAUGUUUCCUGCCGACAGGAUGCUGGGCCUGUCAAUCCUGACUCGACAUCCCUAUUGGUCACAUCUCAACCCGUCGGGGAGAGGGCCCGUGCGCCCGUUCGGCAUAGGGCGAGAAAGGGCCCAACACGGAAAGCAAGAGAGCGAGCGUGAGCAGAGAAGCCCAAGCAGGAUACUUGCUCAUCACACAGCCUGAUGUGGGGCUUGAACUCACAACCUUGAGACCACCACCUGAGCCGAAAGCAAGAGUUGGACACUUAACCGACUGAGCCACCCAGGUGCCCCUUGUGUUUUUGAUAAAAUAGUUUCUACUUAUGUUAUUAGUCUUGGUGCUGUUGUGUAUGAAGUGGUCUGAAUUUCAUUUCCAGGUAGAAAGAUCCUGUAUUUCUCUUACCGAUCUUGUGUCCGGGACCGUCAAACUCACCGGCCAGGUGUGUGCGUGUAUCUGGAUUCCGUAGGACCCUGUCAGCUGUGACUAAGAACGUGUUCGCUUGUUCUCUCCAGUCUGUGUACUACCCCUUUUCUGUUCCUUUCUGUGCCUCACUGCACGCCCAGUAUGAUGUGGAGUACGGAGGUGAGAGCACACCUCCCUCACCUGCUCCUGGUGUUGGAGGUGAGCAUUCGGCCCGUCACCAUGACUUCUGAUGCUCUGACAGGCAGAAUGAUGCUCUCGAAGAUAUCCUGUCCUUCCGCCGGAAUCCGGACUGUGUCGGGUUACACGGGCAAAGGGAGUGGAGGUGCUGAUCAGCCUGGAUAGUGAGACUAACGUGGGUUUUCCAGAUGGACCCAGUGUCACCACAGGGGUCCUUGAUGGUGGAAGCGGGGGGUCAGGAAGGGCGGGCGUAGGCAGUGAGAGGACCCCAACCCCGGGUCGGGAGUAGACAGGGAAGAGGCCAGGAGCCGAGGAACGUGGGCGCCUCCGGCAGUAGGACACCUCCGGGAGGACGCAGCCCCGCAGGCACUGUGGUCCGGCGUGGCCCGGGUCCGACUCAAGGCUGCCGGCACGAGGUCCGCGAGGAAACUUCGCACGGGUGUCUUUGAUCCUGAGGCCAGGGAAGCUGCCUUCCCGCGGUUGGACACUUCUCACCACGAACGUGCCGGGUUUCAUUCCUUGUUUCGCUGCGUCCGUUGAGUUGAUCCCGUGGAUUUUGUCCUUCGUUCCCCUAGGAUGGGCCGCGACGUCUUUUGGUUUUCAGAUGUGCGGCUGAUGGUGCAAGUGCUGCCGUAUUUGGGUUACUGAUGCUGUGUUACAAGGUUAACAUCUAGGUUCACCAGGGACACCGACGUCUAGUCUUCUGUCAGGCCCAGGCUUGCGUCGCAAAGGAGCUGGGAAGCGUCCCUCUGUCUUCUGAAAGAGUUUGUGAGUGAUGGGUGUUAUUGUCCAAAUGCUCCGUGAAGUCACCAGGCUCUUCCUUUGUGUGAACUUUAGACUUUCUGUGUUAAUUCAGUUUCUUAUUACAGGUC